AUGCCCGGGACCGGUAUCCCCGAUGGAAUCAAGCUGGACAUGGACGGGAAUGUGUAUGCUGGAUGUGGCCAUGGGAUCAACGUCUGGUCCCCCCGGGGCAUCCCCUUGGGGAAGAUUUUCAUUCAAACGGGCACUUCUACCUUCUCGUUGGGCCGCAAUGGUCGGAUGUUCAUCUUGAAGGAGAACAAGCUCUGGGCGGCGCAAAAUUGA